CGAAAGAUUGGAGUCAGAUAAAAUUAUGUAUAAGAUUAAUAAAUAUUAAUAAAUAUUAGUGGAUUCUGUUCUGCAGGAAAAGGGGGACCCUUACAUAUUUAUCUCAUUUUAAGUUCUUGUAAUUAGAUCUAAAGAAGUUUUUUAGAGAUUUUCCUUUCAGGUGAAUAAGAUAAAACUUUAUUUAGUUGUAUGUUUCUUUAAAAGCUCUUUCAACUAAAUAAGUGCUUUUAUCUCAACAGAUUAAUUGAGGUCUACCCCGACUCAAUAUUAAAUCUAUCACUUUUAUAGUUCUUGUUGCAGUUGUUUCUUUUUCUCAAGAUUUUACUCAUGUGUCCAGAAAAUCCUUCUAUUAGUAUCCUUCUAUUAUCUGAUAAGACUUUGCUCCGUAAGUCUUAUUUUUUCUCAUUUAUCUAUCUCUCCAUGCUCUCUCUGUUUCUGUGUCAUCUGUGGUAUGUUCAGUUUGAUGAACUACUACUAGAUCUCACUCUUUUAUUAGAUCUAAAUGUCCUUCACAGCUCACUGUACUAAACAGGCUUUCUAUUCAAUGAAGUUUACAUUCAAACAUACUUUAUCUGCUGUUCUGUUAUUAAAAUAACUUGAGCUUUGAACUUUUUUAGUUUCAUAAGCCUUUAAAACAGACAUUACUUCUGUGAACGGAGCUGUACCAGGAUCAGAACCUCUUUCCUUAAUUCUCUUUUCUGAUGGAAAAACAUUAGUAUUAACAUCGUUGGAUGAGUUAUCCUGAAACGUUACAUUUAUUUUGAAAAAGGCAUGUAUCGUUAACUUUUUCCAGGCCAAACAUCACGUGCGAUCAGGAGCUAAAAGAUAGAAACACAGGCUGUGUCUACACUGCAAGUCAACAGAUCUGAUCUUUUGAACGCUCUUUACAUGAACUUUAGUCACGACUGGUGUCUGAUAUCUGUGUUUACAUCAUUCCCAAGGGAUUGCUUCAUGCACAAGACUCUCUUAAAGGGAAUCAGAGGUGUGUUGCUGAUAUUCUCCGUGCUUGAGUUCAUCAUCUCCAUCUGUCUGUCAGCGUUCGCCUGUAAAGCCGACGCCUGCUGCUGUCCUCCUCAGGUGCAGUUUGCUCAGGUUUUACCUCCACAGUCAUCUGAUGUGGUUCGUUUCCAGGAUCUGAACAGAUCAGAGAUACCCGUGACCAGCAGCUCUUUCAUUCAUCAACAUCCUGCAGACGUUUCUCCACAAUACACUGAAAGCAAAUAUGAAUAAGUGUUCCCUCAAAAAAAAUAAGGGAACGUACAGGACAUGUUCAAAAAAUUUCCAUAUAUGGGAAUCUAUACUGAAGUAUAUUCAUGGACCAUGUAUGAAUAUAAUUUGAGGAAUUUAACAUUUUUACAAGAAACAGCUUAAUUGAAAAACUAAAUUUCUCCUUGUUUUAUAUAGCUGAAAACAUUAAUAAACAUUUCUAUCACUUUGUAAUAUAUCACUAUAAUAUAUAUUUUUUUUCUAGGCUGUGUGUGUAUACACUUCAAACUAUCAUACUGUAUCAAAUCUACAUAUUAUAAAUACAUUAUAUAAGUAAAUAUAUAUUUGCUCGUCCCGCUCUGAUACACAUUAAAGGUAUAGUUCACCUAAAAAGGAAUAUUCUGUCAUUAAUUACUCGUCUUCAAAACCCAGAAGGUCUUUGUUGAUCUUCAGAACACAACGGGGCCUUUCACACCACAGGAACCUUUUUUAUAGACCCUGAACUAAUGGUGGAGCUACCCACAUUUUAGCACGUUCACAGGAACUAGGAACGGUUUUAGUUCCAGGUGCUCAACUAAAUUAGCUCUGAACACUUCUUUAUGAGAUAUCACAUCAAACGCACAUAAAACAGAAAAGGUUUGGUUGAACAUGGUGGUUUUUGAACAAUUUGAUAUUGUUUAGGUAUUAAUACCGUAUGUACACGUCCAGUGCUACUGUAUCAUGUAACAGGUUCUAGUGCGUACUAACAAUAAGAUCCCUUCAGGUACAAAAGUGCACUGCCGAAGCCUCUGAGACCGCCGAAGCCUCUGAGACCGCCGAUGCCUCUGAGACCGCCGAUGCCUCUGAGACCGCCGAAGCCUCUCAGACCGCCGAAGCCUCUCCUGCCGAAGCCCUUCACAUUGAUGAACCGCUACUUUCUCUCAGACUAGCACUACUUCUGAGAUGACACUGCCUCUGAAACUGAUGCUGCCUGAUAGACCUGCACUGUCUCUCAGACUAACACUGCCUUUCAGUUUGUCACCGUCUCUGAGACCAGCACAGACUUUCAGACCAGAACUGCCUAUGAAGCUAACUCUGUCUCUGAGACUGACACUCUCUCUAAAACUGGCGCUGCCUCAUAGACCAGCACUGCCUCUCAGACGGACACUGCAAGUCAGAAUGACACUACAACUCAGUCCGACACUGCCUCAGUCUGACUCCACCUCCAAUGCUUCUCAGACUGCCAUUGUCUCAGAGACUGUCAUUAAAACAGAAACUGCUGCUGUCUCUGAGGCAGCCCCUGAACAUCAGACUGUCUCUAAACUGCCAUUGGAUCUGAUACAGUUACUGCUUCUCAGCCAUCAGCCAUCCACUGUCUCUAAGACUACCCCUUC